AUGUUGCUAAGAGAGAAACAGAAGUACGAACCUGUUAUGUCCCAUCUCCAACUGAUGCUUAAGUCCAAUAUUCAAGAAGUUGGAUUGAGGGAUGUGGAUAUUGCUACACUUCUAAAGAACAAUUCGACUGUUGUUCCCAUGGAAGCUCUGAAAGACAUAGAGAAAUUAAAGCCAGGGAAGAUAUACAAGGAAGGAUGGUUUAUAGUGUACCAGACUAGAGAACAAAUAGGAGAUGACUUUUGCAAGUCUUACUUCUAUCUCGAAGACAAACAUCUAUACAAUAUUGCCUGUUUGGAAUUUAUAUUGGAUUAA